AUGAUUCAUAAGCUGGCUGUAGUAUCAUAUUUAAUCGUAUCCACUACGUGCACCGUCCUUCAUCAACCAGUUACCCUUCUUUACACCGUGGACAACCAAAACCAUCAUUCACCUCAAUAUGACUUCGCUUACGAAGUCAAUGACGCCCAUACAGGAGACAUCAAAAGCCAACACGAAGCUAGAAGAGGAGACACUGUUCUUGGACAAUAUUCUCUUGUCCAACCUGAUGGAGUUACAAGAACCGUUGAUUAUAGAGCCGAUGAUCGUACAGGUUUUCAAGCGACAGUCAACAAUGAUGGAAAUACUAUAGAACAAACAAGUGAUAGUACUCCCAAAGAAAUUAAUUUAGGAAUCGAAUCCAUGCACCCUUGGCCUGCACCACCUACUCCCACUCUCCCUACUACUCCUGAACCAGCUGUAGUUAUAUCUAGAUCUUCAUUAGUCCAGUCAUUUCUCGACGCUCAUAAUCCUUGGGUUUAA